GCCGUGCUCACACCAGAUGAAGCUCAUAAAAUAUCAGGUGCAUGCAUGAGCAUAUAUAUAUGGAUGUAUUCAUAAUUUGUUAUACAAAUUUAAUCUAUUUUAAUUUACAGUAUUGAUUAACUAGAAAUUUGUUUAAAUAAUUAUUGGACUGCAGGGAUGGAUGGUGUGAUCUCGGUUUUCCACAGCGACCCCACAGAAUCGAGACUUCACACAACAAGAUCGUGGGAUUUCAUUAGCUUACUCGAAGCUAAUUGGGACGUAACACGAGCCAACAGCAGAGAACAGCUAUUGAAUCAAGCUGGUUAUGGCCAAAAUGUCGUUGUCGGGGUACUCGACAGCGGCAUAUGGCCGGAGUCGGAGAGUUUCAACGAUCUGGGGAUGGGACCUAUUCCGGCAACCUGGAAAGGAUUUUGCGAGCCUGGUGUUGAUUUUAAUUCUUCUCACUGUAAUAGGAAACUGGUGGGGGCCCGCUACUAUUUGAAGGGUUUCGAGGCCAAUUUCGGUCCGCUCGAUCCGACAAUCAACUUCCGAUCAGCUAGGGAUGCCCUCGGCCACGGGACCCACACAGCGUCCACCGCCGGCGGCCGAAAUGUUCCGGGAGCCGCGGCCAUCGGCGGUUUCGGCGUAGGCAACGCGACCGGAGGUGCCCCACUGGUGCGGCUGGCCAUGUACAAAGUGUGCUGGAAUAUCCCGGCGGUGAAGGGAGGAGGGAGCUCGUGCCUGGACGAUGACAUGCUGGCGGCCUUCGAGGACGCAAUCACCGACGGAGUUGACGUCCUCAGUAUAUCCAUCGGCGGGAGAACCGGGAAGCCCUACGCAGAGUCCGGCAUUGCUGUUGGAGCAUUGCAUGCAGUUAAAAGGAAUAUUGUGGUGGUUUGCAGUGCUGGCAAUUCGGGGCCCGAUCCGUUUACCGUCACGAAUAUCUCCCCGUGGAUCAUCACUGUUGGAGCGAGUAGCAUCGAUCGGGUUUUUUCGUCGCCAGUUGUUCUUGGAAACGGCAUGGUGGUAGAGGUUCGUAUAUUUAUAGGACAAUCAGUUACUCCAUUCGUGAAGGGGACGUACCCACUUGUUUAUGCGUCAGACGUAGAAAUUCCAGGCACCACCACAUCUGACACAUCUGGAUUUGAUAGACGAUGCUUUGCUGGCACGCUUUCACCGGCGCUGACGGUAGGAAAGGCGGUGUUCUGCUGGAGUGGGGACACUACGCAAGCAUUAGAAGUGCAAAGAGCAGGCGGCGUAGCGGUGGUGCUCGGAAACCGCUAUAACGGGGUAGGUGUCGUCGGCAGGCCUUAUUUGAUACCGGGGACAGUUAUCCUUUCCGGUGGAAAAUGGAGUGUUUACCGGUACACCCAAAAUGACCUAGCACCGACGGCAACUUUGACUCCGGCAAUCACUUUGAUAGGCGGCAACACCAGCAGCCCAACUCCGUUCAUGGCAGCUUUCACCUCAAGAGGCCCCAACGUGAUCGAACCAAAUAUUUUGAAGCCGGAUAUUACAGCACCAGGACUGAAUAUACUCGCAGCAUGGAGCGAAGCUGCUUCUCCUCUCCGCGUCCCAUCCGAUAACCGAGUCGUUAAGUUCCAAAUCGAUUCCGGUACAUCAAUGGCGUGCCCACAUGUUGCCGGCGUGGCGGCGCUUAUCAAAGCCGUACAUCCCGAUUGGAGCAGCGCCGCCAUCAGAUCUGCUCUCAUGACCACUGCAACAGCAAACAACAAUUUGGGGAAACUAAUAACAGAUGUAGUAGGGAAUUUUGCAACGCCGUUGCAAUACGGGGCAGGGCACAUCCAGCCGGCGAAAGCUGCAGAUCCAGGGCUAGUGUACGACGCUUCGUACGAAGAUUAUCUGCUCUUCCUCUGCAGCACCACCGGCAAUUUGUUGGAUCCGACUUUCGUCUGCCCCCUAAUUUUGCCCUCGCCGAGCAAUUUCAACUAUCCGUCGGUUACCAUUACUAAACUAACCGGGGUUGUGACGGUGCAGAGGACCCUUACGAACGUGGGCGUGGGGAACGCCACGUAUACCGUGACGGUUGCUACCCCGCCGGGUUUCUCGGUGACAAUCUCACCGGCGACGCUGUUUUUCAGCGCGACCGGGGAAAAGCAGAGCUUCAGUAUCACGGUUCAGGCAAUGGUUAUUGCUCCGGUGGAUGCAUUUGGUUGGUUUUAUUGGUCCGAUGGGAUUCAUCAAGUUAUAAGCCCCAUUUUACUGUCGGUGUGAUCAAUUUGUCUCGCUCUACUCAUUUCCCAUUUCUUCUGUUUGCCAUGAAAGUUAUUUUUAGCUUCAUUAAUUCUGUGUGUUUUUUUCUGAUAUUUGUUUUUGUUGUUAAAGAGUUUUUAU